AUGGCAAAUGGCAAUGGAUCCGGCGGCUCCGUUUUCUGGAAGGACGACGAAAUAGUCGUCGAUCGUGAAGGCAUUCCGCACUAUACCGGCAAUAGGCCUGAGCUCAUGCGAGAAUACAGGAAGAGAGUCCUCUUUGCCUACAGCUCCUUAGAGGGCGAUGGAGACACAGAAGAGAAAGAGAAGAGGGACUUGAAAAAGAGGCAAAAGGCUUUCGCCAAGAAAUUGCUGAACGGUCUUCAUGGAGAAGCUUGGCGUGCUUGUCAGGACCUCAUCACAGAUAUGGCCAAGCUAUCGGAGGAGCGUGGUUUUCAGCAUGUUUUGUCAGCCCUGCAGUCGAUUGAGAAAGUGACCGUGAUCAAGAAGACCGAGCAGUUCGACCGCUUCUUUGAGCGGGGAUUCAGGAAGAGAGGACAGGCCUUAGAUGCAAACCUUCGUUCACGGAAGUUGGACUGGGCCGAGUUGCAGGAGCUUGAUAGUGAGACCAAGAUGUCCUCAGAUUUGCUGGCUUAUUUUGUUUUGAAGCAGUGUGGAUUGAGCAAAGAUGACAGGCGACAGAUCCUGCUCAACAGUGGUUCCGAUUACAACCUCGAGUCCAUCGAGAAGGCCAUGCGUGUGUCGUACUAUGACAUUCAUGAGAAGGAGAAGAUCGGCAAGUUCCAUGACGACAGGCGCGGCAAGGGCUAUGGAAAGACUCAGGAGCGCUACUAUGCUCACCUGGUCGAUGAUGGAGGCACACCGAACAAGGAGGCCCUUGUGUAUGAAGCAGCUUCAUCGAAUGACCAGGCCUUUGAGUAUGAGCACGAUUUUGAGAAUGACCUCAUGACUGAGUAUGAGUCCUACAUGGUCCGUGAGGAUGAAGAGUACCAGGACUACGGCUAUGAGGCCAAUGAGAUGGAGGAGGAAGGUUCGGACGUUGGAGCCUCGCAGGAUGAGGAGGUGUACCAAGCCUUCAGUGCCAUGGACAAGCAGCGCCGUUCAUACCAGGAGUCUCGUCGAAAGCUUCGUGAAGUUCAGAAACAACGUGGCUUCUUCAAGGGUGAGCUCACCUUUGAACAACGACGAGCAGCAGUUCAGAAAGAGAAGGAACGGACAAGAUGUUCGGCAUGUGGAAAGAUUGGGCACUGGGCAGGUGACACUCAAUGCCAAAAGUCCAGCAAGACCUCAGGUCCGCAUCGUGGCAAAGGCAAGUCGAAGGGCAAGAAGAAGGACGAUGGACCCCUGUUCUUCACCUUGGACGAUGACGACUUCGAUGUGGGCAAUGACGUGACCGCCUACAUGACCUCAGAGCAUGAGCAUCACAUGGAGCAAGACUCAGGCUACACGGAGACAGAUGAUCGUCGAAAGGUUCGACAGCCUGAGGAGGCAGCAAGUGUGUACACCUACGAUGGUGAGAACGACGCUCCAUGGGCCUUGGUUGGUGACCGCAUGCCGCAUUCACCGACUACCUCACCGAAGUCCGGAGAUCCUCUUUCCCGUGACACCGUGAUCCGGCGGCAGCUUCAGAGUCCAGUUCGUGUCGAGAAGUCGGAUGUGAGCAUUGUUCCAGUGCUCAACCUGGCGACCUUGAAGCCAGACUUGGAGGAGAUGACGGUGAGGAAGCUUCAAGAUGAAUGUGAGCGUUGGGGCAUUCGUGUGUCGGGCACCAAGAAGGAGUUGAUUCAGCGUUUGACUACCUUGUUUCAAGGACAUCCCGUGGCUCGCAAGGGCUGCAGCAAGCAGUUCGUCAUGUUGUCGGAGGAGGAAGUGCCAGGGAUGAAGACCUUGAUCUAUGAGUCCCCCUCGCCAAAGGUCAAAACUUUGGAGGUAGCCUCGCAUGCAGCACCACCACCGUUGCCUUCAGGAUCCAGAGAGCGAGGAGUUGGUUCAGGUGGAGGAUAUGAUGCAUCUUCGUCGGCAGUGUAUGAGAGCCCAGAUCGUCGUUCCUUUCGGAGGGACAAGUCAGACCCAGUCGUUCAGGACAUGGAGCAGCGAGGACUUAUUCGAUCUCCUGCCGCAUCUACAUCGAUGGCAUCACCUUCCCCAUCGAAGAGCGAACCUGUGGGCUUUAUGCCAAGGGAGAUUGGCCAGAUUCUCCAUGAUGUUCCUUGCUCAGCUUGCGGUGGAGACAUGUUGCUACGAGAGAACCGCCGAGACGGUUCGAAGUUCUUUGGUUGCUCGCGCUUUGCAAGGACUGGAUGCCGACACACCAUCAACUACCACCACGGCAUCGACAUGUCCCGGGAGGCUUUGCGCCUCCGACAGCGUGUGGAAGAUUCCUAUUUUGCUUGGAGGACGAAGAGGAGGAAGUCGCUUUGGUGCUUGGACCACGUGGAGUGCGAGCGAAAGAUCCGCGAGGUUGAUGAGCCCGAAGAACCGGAGAUCCAAGUGAUCGGUGAUGAAUCCACUAUGGACUAUUGGGAGCUUCAACCAGAAUCCAUGAUCAGGCGUGGUCAACUUUCCUGGCUUGGAACGACUGAGAUUAAGCUGUUGCCAAUGGCCGAAGACGAGGUCAUGCCAGAAGCUGUGCCAGAGACCCCGGCACCUUUUACACCGGCCGCGGAUGCGGCGCCCAUGACUCCGGCGCCGGAGACACCAGGUUACCCCGAAUACGGUGUUUUCAGUGACAGAGCAAAGUAUUUCAUUUCAGAGUUUGCGCAAGCGAUGGAAGCAGCAGGGUGUGAUUUUGACUGUGCGGCACGGGCCUCACCGUGGCAGCUUGGACAGGCUGAUGAGGAGCUCUAUGAACCGACUGACCCAGGGGAUCAUUUGGAGGUGGAGUUCAUCCUGAUUUUGCUGAUAAGGUGCGACCUUGUUUAUGAAAACGGUGUUGCGCAGAGAGCCAAAGGCGACGCUUGCGUGGGCGACCUUGUGCGCUUGAAGCAGUACUUGGCCCAAGCCAAGAGGGGAGCUGACUUCCGACUCCGUUACUGGUCGGAUGUGAACCUUAGGGAUGGAGUUUUGAUCUUGCUUGCAGAUUCCGGUCAUGCCAACGGCACUCCGGAGAAGGAUGAAAUUAUGCGUUACCGAUCGGUCGGUGGCUAUUUUAUCUUGAUAGCAAACAAAGAGAUCUUGGAAGACAAAGCAGCUCGUGCAAAUGUUUUGACCUUUUACAGCGGUCAGACCAAGCGUGUUUGUCGUUCGACCCUAGCAGCAGAGGCGUCGCAUCUUGCAGAAGCCGUUGAGUGCGGUGAUUGGUGUGCAUGUUUGUUGGAGGAAGCAUUGACAGGUGAUUUGAACUUGAAGGACUGGCCUAGCAUUAUCCAGCGUAGGGUUCCUGUAUAUGUCACCGACGCGAGAUCUGUUUAUGAUUACUUGCAGAAAGAUGCUACAAGCACUUCAACAGACAAGCGCAUGGCCAUUGAGGGCGCCCUUUUGCGGGAGACGGUUAGGCAACCGAAUGCCUUAGUUCGUUGGAUCGAUGGUAUGCAGAACAUUGCCAAUGUUUUGACAAAAGCCAACGCUGAGAAGGAGACCUUGAAAGAGUUUCUUCGAAGUGGCCAAAUGUCAUUGGUACAAACCGAGGAGAAUAAGAUCCUCAAAGAGACCAAGAGAAGACAGAGGCAAAACAGAAAUGUUCAGAGACAUGCUGAGAAAGCAGCCAAACCUGCAGACCACCAGCGCAGAAGUCAGUUGGCCGCAGAGAUCCAAGCAGAUGACGACGACCAUUCCAGCUCCGGUCAAACAAAAGAAUAA